GUCGCGUUGAUCAUGGACAGUGAAGAAAUUCCAACUUUCUCAAGUCCAAAGGAGGAAACUGCUUAUUGGAAAGAGCUUUCCUUGAAGUACAAACAAAGUUUCCAGGAAGCUCGGGAAGAGCUGGCUGAAUUUCAAGAGGGAAGCAGAGAACUAGAAGCGGAGUUGGAGGCGCAGCUAGUGCAAGCUGAACAAAGGAACAGAGAUUUGCAGGCAGAUAACCAAAGGCUCAAAUAUGAAGUGGAAACAUUAAAGGAGAAACUGGAGCACCAGUAUGCGCAGAGUUAUAAGCAGGUGUCAUUGUUAGAGGAUGACCUGAGCCAGACACGGGCCAUCAAAGAUCAGCUACAUAAGUAUGUGAGGGAGUUGGAACAGGCCAAUGACGACUUAGAGCGUGCAAAGAGCUGUUUGCUGCUUUACUCCCGAAUGUAUUGGAAAAUGUUGAUAAUAAGUUGUGACUACUUUGAGGUUGGAGGUCCUCUCAAUGGAAGAAACUUAAGGCAAGAGUUAGCAGUACGGGAAAGGCAACAGGAAGUCACUCGGAAGUCAGCGCCUAGUUCUCCAACUCUAGACUGUGAGAAGAUGGAUUCAGCUGUCCAGGCAUCUCUCUCCUUGCCAGCUACACCCGUUGGAAAAGGAUCAGAAAAUAGUUUUCCUUCCCCUAAAGCUAUACCAAAUGGGUUUGGUACCAGCCCUCUUACUCCUUCAGCUAGAAUAUCUGCACUCAACAUUGUGGGAGAUCUCUUACGGAAAGUAGGGGCCUUAGAAUCCAAAUUAGCUGCUUGCAGGAAUUUUGCAAAGGACCAGGCGUCGCGGAAAUCCUACAUUUCAGGGAAUGUUAACAGCAGCGUGAUGAACAGCAACGGCACAAAGUACCCUCAUCCUGGGCAUACGUCUUUCUUUGACAAAGGGCGUGAAAAGGUCGUAUUUCCCACCUUGGUCAUGGGUAAAUGAAUUCAUUUGCAAUGAUAAAGCUGCAUGCAUUUUAACUCUGGUGCUUGGAGGUGCAGACUC